AUGGCUAAGAAGUACGAAGGACGUGCAGUAGGAAUAGACCUAGGAACAACGUAUUCUUGUGUUGCUGUGUGGCUUGAUGAUCACAAUAGAGUUGAGAUUAUUCAUAAUGAUCAAGGCAACCGAACCACUCCUUCUGUUGUUGCUUUCAACGAUGAUCAAAGGUUGAUUGGUGAUGCUGCUAAGAAUCAGGUUGCAUCUAACCCGCAAAACACUGUCUUUGAUGCGAAAAGAUUAAUUGGUAGGAAGUUUAGUGAUUCAGUUGUUGGAAAAGAUAUAUUGUUGUGGCCAUUCAAGGUCAUUGCUGGUGUCAAUGACAAACCCAUGAUUACCCUUAAGUAUAUGGGUCAAGAGAAGCAAUUUUGUGCUGAGGAAAUAUCAUCCAUGAUUCUCUCCAAGAUGCGACAAGUUGCAGAGGCAUAUCUGAAUUUGCCUGUCAAGAAUGCUGUUGUUACUGUGCCUUCUUACUUCAAUGAUUCUCAGCGAAAAGCCACCAUAGAUGCUGGCGCCAUUGCAGGCCUUAAGGUUAUUCAGAUAAUCAAUGAACCUACUGCUGCUGCGAUUGCAUAUGGUCUUGAUAAGAGAAGAAAUUGUGAUGGUAAAAGAAAUAUUUUUGUCUUUGACCUUGGUGGUGGGACUUUUGAUGUGUCUAUCCUCACAAUUAAAGGUGAUGUUUUUGAAGUAAAAGCCACUGCUGGAGACACUCACCUCGGAGGAGAGGACUUUGAUAACAGAUUGGUGAACUAUUUUGUACAAGAGUUCAAGAAGAAACAUAAAGUGGACAUUAGUCCUAACCCAAGAGCCUUAAGGAGGUUGAGAACUGCUUGCGAAAGAGCAAAAAGGAUACUCUCCUUCGCCUUUGUAACAACAAUUGAGGUUGAUUCUUUAUUUCAUGGAAUUGACUUCUCUUCAUCAAUAACUCGUGCCAAGUUUGAUGAAAUUAAUAUAGACCUGUUUAAUGAAUGUAUGAAAAUCGUGGAUAGUUGUCUGAGCGAUUCAAAAAUCUGCAAUAGUGAUAUAGAUGAUGUUGUUCUUGUGGGUGGCUCCUCUAGGAUUCCCAAAGUGCAAGAUCUGUUGCAACACUUUUUCGAAGGAAAAGAUUUGUUCAAGGGUAUAAAUCCAGAUGAGGCUGUUGCUUACGGUGCAGCUGUUCAGGCUGCUAUUUUGAGUGAAGGCUAA